AUGUCCGCAAACCCGUGCGCAGAUUGUCACCUCGCGGCCCUCGGCCUGGGCGGACGAGGAGCUCAUUUGGUCAUCCCAUCAAUGAUUGCUCCCAUUUUGGCCUUUAUCCUCGUGGCGAACCGGAUCUAUUGGCGUAUGAGGAUGCUGGGCAGACUCGGUCUAGACGAUAUGUCGACCAUACUUGCUUUGAUAUUCCUUGUCAUUCAGUGCAGUGCUUCCAUUGCUGCGGUGAACUAUGGAUACGGCCGGCCGUUUGACCUCAUCAAUAAACGUCAAGCUGCGCAAGCCUUGAAGUAUUUCUUCUUGCUCCAGAUAUUCUAUAAGCUUACCAUCAACUGCACCAAGCUGUCAAUACUCUUCCUAUAUCUCCGCAUUUUCACCGAUCGCCCUUGGUUUGUUCGAACAUGUUGGAGUUUGGUCACGUUUGUGGUCGGUGCCUGUAUCUCGUUUACCAUCGCAACAAUCCUCCAGUGCAAUCCGAUUUCGCGGGCAUGGGAGCGAUGGGCGAGCGAUGGCAGUUGUGUUGACAUCUAUGCCUUGUGGUAUAGUAACGCCAUCUACAACAUUCUGACAGAUUUCCUCCUCGUGUUGAUGGUGCCGCCUGUAAUAUUCAGACUCAAACUGCCCGUGAGGCAGAAACUGGCUCUGACUUGUAUAUUCGGGCUGGGUGUGAUCGUGUGCGCCGCUUCAAUUUCAAGAUUGACAACAUUGUACUCCUCGGCUUAUGGCAACGACAUUACCGCUGGGUCUCUUGUGUCAACAAUUUGGACCACAAUCGAGGCCGGCCUCGGUGUCCUCUGUGCCAAUCUUCCCAUGGUGCGGACGCCACUCCAACAUUUCUUCCCCAAGCUGUUUCCUCCAAGAACUGGCACAGAUCACAUCUCCAGUACAGUUCCAUCUCAACGAAGUGGCCCAGUCAACGGCGAAGCACUAGCAUCUCCCGCAAGAUUAAUUCCGCCACAGGUCCCUGUGCGCAAGACAAGCCUUCCAAGUCAGACACGGGUCAAUGGUAUUCCUGAUACCAGAGGGGUGUUUCGUCAGAAGAGUUUGCGCGGGGAGGUCGCAAAGCUGCAUAGCACGAGUCGACUGGCACAUUUCCAGGAUAUCGAGACUCAGGGGGGAUACUCUGACGGCUCAAGCCGUCCACAUAUAGGCAUGGAAAGAAGGGGGGAGGUGGACUGGUACGGAGAACAGCAUCAAAUCUGGUCGCCGUGGCGGGCUUGA